CUCGCUGUGUUGUGAUCGUGCAGGGCUUUCAGCUCAGGGAUGACACGGUUCGGCCGACACUGGCUCGGAUCGAUUCGUUUAGUGCUUACGAUUUGUGGACUACCCCAUACCGGUUCCGUAUCAGGAAUAAGGUCUUCUGUCUUCUGUUCUCCUGAUCAGUCUUUCAGAACUGGUGCUUGUGUUUUUAACAGUGCCGGUAACCUCUACACUACCCACAUCCGCACUAUGCCACCCUCAGUAUCACCUCAUGAGAAGUCCAGAUGUCCCCAGUACCCAGGGUCGGGAAUCAAUCGUCUCAGGGUGCCUGAUGACAAGGUGGACUGGAGUCGGGAUUGGCCUGAGUAUACUGCUGUGGAUUACACUAGCCCAGUGGUGAUGAAGAGACCAAUAUGGGCAGACCCAAAUAUUGACGCCUUCUCCCCGCGGUUUAACGUUCUGGAUGGGGCUGUGGACAGGACAAGCUUUGAGGGCAACUACAGGGUGGAGCAGGGAAGACCACUAAACCCUCGUGGACGAACGGGGCUGGCCGGAAGAGGUUUGCUGGGACGAUGGGGACCCAACCACGCAGCAGAUCCAAUUGUCACCAGAUGGAAAGUUGAUGCCAAAGAUAAGAAGGUGUUCCACCCAGUGUCCAAACAGCCCAUCCUGCAGUUUGUGUCCAUCAAGAGGCUAGAUUGUGGAGAGUGGGCCAUCCCAGGGGGCAUGGUGGACCCCGGGGAGCUGGUUUCUCUCACGCUGCAGCGGGAGUUCUCGGAGGAAGCUCUGAACUCACUGGCAGCCACGCCGUCAGAGAAAGCCAAAAUCCACGAGCGCAUCACCAAGCUUUUCAGCUCACCAGGGUUUCAGGUUUAUAAGGGCUAUGUGGACGACCCGAGAAACACUGACAACGCUUGGAUUGAGACAGUUGCCAUGAACUUUCAUGACGAAGAAGGAACCAGUGUGGGUGGACUGCCGUUGCAAGCUGGCGAUGACGCUGGGCAAGUCAAGUGGGUCGAUCUGGACUCAGCUGUCCCGCUCUACGCCAGCCAUUCCCAGUUCUUGGCGGUGGUCGCCAAUGAGAGACGUGCCCACUGGUAACAAUGGACAAGAUGCUGGAUUCUCAAAGGAAAGCUGGAGGAAAAACUGGCGCCGUUUUGCUUGCUGCUGAAGUGUACAUGUUGGUAUUUGGAAUGUACAUAUAACGUACAAAACCAAAAAAAAAGGGGCCAUGUUCCUUGUGUGUGUGUCCUGAGUAGUUUACUUGUGGUUUGCUAACCCUGUGUACUUUUGCUUUUUGUGAAAUAUAUCCGAAUAACCCACUGUAGCGAUACCAGCUAAAGCGUAGCAUGCUUUUCAUUAGCGUUCCACUUCCCCUCGAUCCUCUAUUCCUGCAAGGAAGGGAUGUUUCCAGAUCAGCUAUUUGAUAACCAUGCGUUAACCCUGACCCAGUUUUUAACAUGGAUCUGAUUGGAUAAAACUCAGUGGUUCUCAAUCAGGUCCUCAAGGAUCACCCAGUACUGGUGGUUUUCUGUUCUGCCAGGUUGUGGAUUACUUUCACAUGUUGUACCAGGUAUUCCAGCCAUCCAGGUUUUACACCUGAAAACCAGCAACACAUAUGAAAUAUGACUGCCGAGGGACACUUGACUCAUGUCAGAGGUUGAUCCGAGAACAUCUCUCACUUGCGGAAACCAGGAGAACCCGUGUACCUAUACAUUAUAAAUCAAGAGCUAAGAUUUUGCUCUAAUGGACUACUGUCAAUUUUGUGAGGAUCAAAAUUCAAGGUUAGCAGCUCGGUUGGUUCCUGCUCAGACCACAAGGCCUCACCGUGGUACACUGCAAAAAGAUGUCAACAUUUUUUCAUGGUGUUAGAGCAAUCCCAGCUAGUCCUCCAACCCAUACGACCACACAGGCCGUUUGUUCCUACCCUCUCAGCAAUCCAGUGCCUUUCAUAGUACCCAACCAUACGAUAUUAUUAUCACAGAGAGAAACCAGGAGGAAAAUUAAAAAUUCCCAAAACUAAUUUUAUUGUUUUUGUCUCUCAGGACUUGAAAGCUAAACACGAGGGUCUUGAAUGUGCAACUCACGUAUGGCGGUGUACCAGGGCCCAUUCUCCAGCAUAACAGCAGGCGAGCCUGUGUUCCUGAGUACGUAUUAUCUUAACAUGUAAGGUUGACUAAAUUUGUAAUCAUAACUUCUGGAAGCAGAGCCGUUUCCCACCAGACGACGAGCCUUGCGAACAUGUCACGUCGUGUUAUUGGACAUGCGUUCAGUUAAGGCAACGAGGCAUGGAUGCAGAACUGAGGAUCCCAGACACAGUCUCUUAAAAAAAAACAUGGAAAAUUCUGUUCUUGCAACAAAGCCAAAAGUAGAGCAGUAGCUUGAUAGACUAUAAUCACUGGGUUAAAUAUCAGAGGUAGAAACGUCUCAUCUCACAAGAUGUGUGGAUGCUUGGCAGUAAACUAGCUGGCUUGCAGCCUGAAAUAACAAUACAGUAUACAUAGGAGGGGACUGGAUUAUGCUUGAUGUGUUUCAAAGUUUACCUUUUAGUCCAGCUAGUUUGCUCUACUCAAAGAUUGAAAAGGUUUAUUCAUCACAUGCUUCAAGUACAAGUACAAUGAGCGGUGAAAUGAAUUUUUUUGUAAACUGAAAACUGCAAGAAAAGAAGUGGGUCAUCAAUAAAAUAAGAAUAAAAUACAAUAAAAUUUGAAGAAAGUUAAAAAAUCUGGCAAGUAUACAGAAGGUAUAGCCCAAUAAAUAUCCUUGUACAGUGGUGCGGUUACGUACAAAUAAAAGUAUGCAAAUAGCCUGUAUGAGUAAAGGAAAGUACUAAGAGCGAUGCACAAAAAAGGAACUUGAAAAUUGAGAUACUUCAUGUGGCAUGCACAAUAAAGGACUGAAUACAUGAAAUAA